UCGCACUCGAGAUCAUUGCGUUCCUUAACGUAUAGCUGUCUAUGACAUCUUGACUAUCUUUUUUUCAUCAUCAGCAUCGUUGGCCUUGUCAGGCACUCCCACCAACUCUAGAAAUUGAAUGUGAACUUGUGGUUUGUCUCUAGCUAUUUCUUCUCGUUUCGGUCCAGUUCUACACCAUUUGAUAUUAUCCCCCUUGGGACCUCUUUCCGUACCUGGUCACAUCCGUGACUCGGACCUCAAGCUUGAUAUACAAACGUGCUGAACUGUCUACCCAAGCAGUUUCUGGAUCAAAACCUACCAGUACUCGAAAAUGUUCGGAGCAUUCGUCCCCACGCGGCCGCUGAUACCCGAGCUCACCACGGUGUCGCCAAAUCAGUUUGCGAUUUCCAUUCCGACUCAGCCACCGUUUCACAAUGUAGGUGUGUUUCUCCAUCCCAACCAGCAACUGCCUCCGGACACCGCAGCCGGGGUGUAUAUGCAGCUUCCAGGCGAGCAAGGCUUCAAGUUCCUCGGGGCCAUCGCCAACGAGAAGCCCUCGGCGUUGUUCAAAGUCAAUAUAUCUGACAACCAGGCUCCGGGAGAAAUCAACCUGGGCAUUUCGGUCGAACCAGUUCAAAACAUUCAGGCUCUCCUGGCAGAACUGAAACAGUCCUCUCAAGGCUCGAGUUCCACUGCGGUCACCAAACGUCCGCCAGAUACCCGAGUUUUGGCCCAAAGGAUCAUUCAGAACGCCUACAACUUUACAUCAAGUUUUGCCGGUAACCUGGCCAAUGGGGUUGAAGUCAUUCCGUUAAAGAGCUUUCAGGAAUGGUGGGCCAAAUUCGAGCGACGAGUUCAAAAUGAUCCGAGUUUCCUGGAAAGAGAAGUUGAUUGAUUCCAAGCUCAAACAAUCAAGGUCCGUGGCAGAUACAGCGCCAGCAGAACUUCGAUGUCCAGUAUUUAUUUUGCAGGGACGUUUACCUGCCUCUAUCAGCGCGAUAUGCAUGUGCACCAACCCGGCUCUCAGAAGGGAAGUGCCUGGAUCUCAUCUUUGCUCCAAUACCUCCUCAUAUUGUCAGCACCAAGAUCUCUCACUUCAUCCUCCAAAUGGGCCCAAAGGACCUCGCCGAAGCUGUCCAUAAUUGACUUCAUCUCAGCCAACCUCAGUUCGAUCUCGCCAUCUUGACACUUUCCCAAAUACUCUUGCAACUUGUCCAAGCCAUCGUGGAUGAGGGCAUGUUGACCAAUCAAAUGCUCGUCAUCCCUAAACAUGGGCAUUCGCUCCGCGAGGGGAGGAUAGAAUUCCUGUUCUUCAAUCAUGUGAUGCAUGGUGAUCAUACGACACAGAUUGAGGCCUUGGGCGAUGAACGACCGAAUCGACAUGCCCUGGGGUCGCGACCCCGUGCAACACGCAUUGUAUAGCAUGUUCCAUACUUGUCGAAAAUGGUUAUGCUGGAGAGGGACAAAAGUCAUUUCAUGUCAGCAUGGUGAUAUCAAAAUAUGAUCGGCAUCAAAAGGCUAGAGCCGUGGAGCCAAGGAGAAACACGUACAUAUCGUUCCAUGAGGGAGGCCAAGCGGUUAAACACGUGAAAGUCCUGCAUGGAGAGUUUCGGCAAAGGAGGAUGUGAUUGUGAUUGUGCUGCCGGAACUUCACCCUUUGACUUGCUUGCUUCACACUCAGGAAUUGGUGGCGGUUCUGGUCCGGCCAUUGGAGACGACAUGCUGUAUGAAGCAGCCGAGAUGCGAUUGGGGUUGCGGCCCUUCAAUGCAACUUGUGGUCUUGAAAAUCGCAAUGCGGUCUUUGGUCGAACUAGAACUACCGCUCUCCACAUACACGGGCGAUGUGUAUGUGUGUGUCAGAGGAAGACACAAUCAGUUCUUCUGGUGGAAUUUGCUAUUGGUGGGCUUGAUUCAAUGUCUCGCUUGACAAGAGAAAUAAAGUCGUGAUGUCGAUAGUGAGAAUAUUCUUCAGUCAGGGUCGCGGUUGGGGUAUCCGAGUUGAGUAAGCAAUUUGAGCCUUGUGAGAUAUACGUCAAGCCCCAGAUGCGCUACCGAGGCGGUUUCGAUAUUUAUAUCAACCUCCAUGGCAGCCUCUCCCAGCAUUCUGGGCAACCAGUGCGGAGUAUUGGUGGCGUUAGCACUGAAGAGGCGGCGACCAUUAGAAAUUGCACCGUCUCCCAAUGGACACUUCUAGAGCGGGGCAGAUGUCACGUGGAUAUCCUCUCGGGCGAGAGACAUCUCUUCUGACCAACUGGCGCACGGGGCGGUAAACUUAUGAUGGAUAGGAGACCACGGAGACAUGACUUUUGAGUUUUUGCAAAGGUGGUCUUGGGGACUACUUGGUUAUAUCAUAACUCAUGACAUGUACACUAAAGAGAUGGAACUCGGGCGACAUUUCCCGAGUUACCGUGACUAUAGUUGAAUUUCUGGCGCCAGCAGCCUCAUCCAC